GUGUCCGCUCCAUUUAUGGAGGAUGGUGAGGCCCAAAAAGCGGAACUUGAAAUUUUGGAGUCAAUAUUUGGUGAUCUAAUAUUUUUCGAAAGCGAGGACAGAGUCCGAAUAUCCUUUGAUGGAGAUGUGCGCUUGUUUGUUAGGCUCCCAAAAGCUUAUCCGUCACAGGAACCCGCCCUCUACGAGCUUAGUGGUCCCUCACUAUCACGGAAUGACAGAAUAGAACUGGAGAACGCUUUAAAUGAAACAUGGUUAGAAAAUAUAGGUUCUCCAAUAAUCUAUGCUUGGGUAACGGUGAUCAAGGAUUUCCUUGAGGCCAAACAGCAAAAAACUCAAGAAGCUGAGGUUUCUUCCGACGUACCCCUCGAGAUAUUGGAGCCUGUCCCGAGCGUAGUUGACUUAGUACCAACGAUUUAUCAUGGCGAAGUGUUCACUGAUCGAAAAAGUCAUUUUCAAGCUCAUCUUGCUAGGGUUUUUAGCAAAGAAGAGGUCACACUGGUUCUAAAUCGUCUACUAGAAAAUUCUAAAAUUAGCCGAGCCACUCAUAACAUGUUACACUUGUUUUAA